AUGCAUGAGGAUCUUGGUCGUUUGUUAGAAGGGGGACGUUUUAAGGGCAAGAAGGGACUGCAAGAGAACCUUCGGCGUUUCUUGGAGAGAGAACGACCCAACGCUCAUCCUCAGCCGGAUCAUUCCAACGACUUUUUUAACGGCUUGAGAGAACUUGUCAAUUUGGAUAGGGGCAUUGGUCGUUCCUUUGAACAUUCCAAGGACAAGAAAGACCUUGCCAGAAUGCGAGAGCUCCUUCGUCGUUACUUUGAUAGAGAGUUUGAGAAGUUGAGAAGUUCGAAAGCCCAUCAUCGGCGAGAGGAUUUCGACGACGGGAGUGAAAUUGCCAAUAUAAGAGAGGAUCUCCGUAGUCUCUUGAAGGGGGGACGUGCCAAGGACAGGAAAGAAGUUGCCAGAAUACGGGGGAACCUUGGUCGUUUCUUGGAGAGGGAACAUCCGAACGCCUAUCCUGGGACGGACGAGGAAGCCAGGGUGCAAACCUUCGUCGAAAACUUCCGUAGACUAUUGCAGAGGCAGCGCUCGAAGAGGCUCAGCGACAGGGAAGAGUUUUCCAAAGAGCAAGAGAAUCUUCAUCCAGGUUUACCAAAAAAAGGUAUGGCUGCUUCUGCCAGUUCUGAAACCAACAUCUCUACAGCCAGCGGCGUCACCACAGUAAUGGCAACGAUUGCUGGAAAACUUUACACAGCCACUUUUUCCAAAGAAAACAACAACAUAUUUACCGCUUUUUUUCUAUGGAAAAAUAAGGGGAAGCCGUAA